UAUCUUUCUCUUUUACCCCAAUGUAGGUGUAAUUAGAGGGACAGAACAAGAUACCCGCUAUUUGCGAACUUUAAUAUUCGUGCUUAUAGCCCAAACAAUUUAAUCAAAUUGACGAAAAAUUGUUCCCGCCUGGGCGGCUACCGGGAAAAUCGAAAAUCGUCAAUAGCGGGCAUUUUUCUCUGUCAUUUUUCUCUAAUUAUGUUUUAGUGAGAGUAAAAGAGAAAAAUUCCCGCAAUUUGCGAAUUUCGGUUUUCACGGCAGGCCCCUUGGUUUGGCCUUAUCGAGGAAUUAAAUGUAAAUCGAGCUUUAAUACUUUUUAUUUUUCAUACUGGCUACUCUUUCCCAGAACUGUCCUUGUCUAAUUGUCUAUUUUCAGUAUUUUCUGUCACCCUAUUUGACUUCGUUUCGUUUUAUAAUUAGACCGACAGACAUUAAGGAUAUAAUUUAAUGUUAUUUUUUAUGUGUGGCAGCGGUAAAUACAUUUUUAUAUCACACUAUGAAGUGAACGAUGUACUUGGUGAUUUAUACUCAGGAUUUUUUUCACCGAUACUGGGCUCAUCGAAGCAUGCCCAAUAGAAUAAACAAAAAUGCCACGGGAUAUUCUUAGUGAUAGCUUUUCAGUGUUAAGUAUAGUAGAGCAUGAAGAUGAAGAGAAUUGGCCUCUAGAAGAGAAACCAUCAUGUAGACAAAAUGAUAAGAAUGUAAUACACAUUCCAUUGAAUAGUCAAAAAACUAAAGAUGACUGUGCAUGCUAUUACAAUUAUGGACUCGGGGAUGGCAACACUAACAGGCAACUGGACCCUGUAUAUCAGUACAAAACCAGCAGUUUACCAGCUGCUUCCAGCAUCAAUCAAUCAUGGGAUGAAAUAGUUUGCUCUGCUUUAAGAUUGAGUCCAGAAGACAUUGCAAAUCAAUUAACAUUACUUGACCUGCCAUGUUUUAAAGCUAUUCAACCAAAUGAACUUACCACUUGUUGUUGGAACAAAGCAAACAAGCAGACUGUGGCCCCAAAUGUAGUGGCGUUUACUAAAAGGUUCAACAGGGUAAGCUUUUGGACCGUACAAGAAGUAUUGAAUGGCCAAUCACCUAAAGCAAGAGCCGAAACCCUGGCACAUUUUAUUAAAGUAGCAAAAAAGUUACAUGACCUUAAUAAUUUGCAUUCUCUGUUUGCUGUCAUAUCUGCGUUGAAUAGUGCUAGUAUAUAUAGAUUGACUAAAACAUGGGCAUGCUUAUCAAAGAAGGAUAAACAACAGUUUGAUAAACUAGCAGAACUGUUUGGCGAAGAAGAUAACUGGACAGCCCUGCGAGAAUAUAUGAAAAGCAUAUCUUUACCCUGUAUACCUUUUAUGGGUAUAUUUUUAACAGAUUUAACAUAUAUAAACAUUGCCCACCCAGCUCGUUCGCCUCACCGGACUGCCAAAAUGGCGGUAGUUUUAAAAACAAUAGAGAAAUACCAGAUAUCGGAAUAUGAUAUUACACCUUUACCCCAUGUAGCCACAUAUCUUAACAGUGUCCGUUAUAUAGAGGAGCUUCAGAAAUUUCUGGAAGAUGAUCAGUACAAAUUGUCACUAAAGCUAGAGCCUCCCUCGCCCGUCGGCAGCUGCGCCGGAUCCAAGGAAUCUGUAAAAGAGAACGGCGCGCCCGCCGCCUACUCGCUCUCGCCUUCGCACCGGCUCGGGUCCGGCUCGCUCCGCCUUCAUACCAACUACCCCCACUCCAAAUUCAUACCGACACACAGGAAAUGUAGAUCGCUGGGAUCUAAUAUAUUCGGAAAGGGGCAGUCGGACGAGAAGACGCCGGCGGGCUCGGUGAACCUACUCGACGACACGCUGCUCGAGUCGCCGGGCUCCGUGGUCGGGGACAAGCUGUCCCAUUCCUUGCCGCAAACUAAUCCUUCGAAGGCGGAAGCUUCAGAAUGUCUGUACGAAGGUUUCGUGAGAAGAAAAAUCGUGUUGAGGGACGGAAAGAAGGUGUCCCUUGCGUCGUGGCAGCGCUACUGGCUCAUGUUACACGGUCAGCAGCUCGACUUCUUUGCCGCCAAGUCUUUUAAGGGUUGUCUGACCGGCAGCACGUGCCGCGGCGACUUCCGCGACGAGCGCUACAAGACGCUGCCGCUCGAGAGCUGGACGGCCACGCGCGGCGAGUCGUCGGACUCCUUCCAGCUCAUUCACCAGCACGGCACGCUCUACAAGUUCAAAACUGGAUCUGAUACUACGGCCAUGCAGUGGUGGAUUAAGAUCCAAGAAGUCUCUAACAAGAUGGUGAAACCAUUGCCUGCGAAUCUCAUGCAGUUCGAAUAACCGCCACGGGCGGCGGCGACGCUCUGUGUCACUCUAGCUCUCUUCAUAGACUUAUGUCAACUAAAAACAAUGUACAUGUGUACGAUAUUUGCAUCUGAUUGUAUUGUACGUUAGUUGAUACUCGAUUCAUCGCAUAUGGCGAUGCAGAUUUUUGCAGCGGUGCAGUCGCUUUACUGCCAUCGUGCUUUAGCCUACAUGCUAUGAUGCAUGUAAGAAGACUCUCGGUCACCACACUGGCGCUAUUUCACUCGUAUAUUAUUACGCCACGGGGCGCACCACUGUUUUAUACAACAACUCAAGUUUAUCUCCGCAUUUUUAGUUAAGAUUAGUUUUUUUUUAUUUUUUAUUUUUUUUAUAUUGGACCCAUUCGAUAAUGUAGACGCAAAUGAAGAGUGCAACUGCUCAUUUCAUUUGCUUGAUUAGUAUGGGAACGCCAAUGUGUGCCGACGGCACAUUGUCUUAGGGCCACCCACAACUAGAGAUUCCCGAGUGUUGGCUCCUUGUCCACUCUAUGGCUGCUGCUCGACGCACCAGCGUAGCGAUAGCGACGCCAUUGUGUUAUAGAGACGCCGCUAGUGUGGGGCCACGCUUAGGGCCACCCCACACUAGCGUCUAUUGAGUGUCGGCGCGGAAAAUGGCGUCCCGUCCCGGCGUUGCGUCAACGUUGCGUCGAGCAGCAGCACUAGAGUUGACUAGACGCCGACACUCGGAAGACGCUAGUGAGGGGUGGUCCUAAGGUGCACCAAUGUCUCGCGUUAGGAUCAAUUAUCGGUUCUAUACCGACGCAGCUGCACGUUUAUGACAACAUUGUGUGAUGGCUUUCAUAGUCAGAAAGAACACGUAGAAAUAGUUCUUCUAAGUGUUGUGCAUAUAAUAUGUUAUUAUCCUCUCGAAUAUAAUGUGUAAAUAAUAUUGCUUGAUCCACCGACAUACUCAUGUGAAACUAUUAUAAGCACUCUCUAAUAUGUGUGUUGCUUUUUAUAAUAUUGAAUUUUAAUGGAACACUUCAAAAAUAAUUGGUAAUAUGCGACUGAAUCCUUCGUAAGACUACUAGUGUAAAUGAUUACUCAUAUGGCUUAAAAAUAUUUGUGGCGUUGUGUGCUUUCUGUGGUAGGUAUUUCACAUUCGUGAAUGUACUACUUUUGGAGGCUAGACACUUAUAAGUUAUAUCAACAAAAGUAACUGUGAUUCGAAAUGCUUGACCGUAGACACAUUUUUUUUUACCUGUGGAAGGCAAGAGUGAUUUGUUUAAUAAAGACUGUGUUUAUGCCAUAGUUUGGCCUCAAAUUGUAAUUAGAUCUGUUUUUCUUUAGAGGCUAUAUUAGUACCUAUUACGGUGAAUAACUCAAACACAUCUGUUAAACUAUGACACUAACAAACAUACCAAAUUGAAUAGGUAAAAGCUUUUAAAAAUUAACUUACAAAGAGAAUCUCAGACUUGCUUGCGUAAGGAAUAUUCAGCAGUCCCAAAACUGUUAGUAUGUCUACAAGUAUUUAAGUAUGUGCGAUAAUAUUCUCUGUUUAUUAGUUUGGCUUAAUUUAAGUAUUCUUUCACUUUAUAUCCUUUAUUAUACACUGGAUCCAGAUUCCUCACGGGCAUAUAUUUUGCAUAUAUGUACUUCAAAUUGUAUCAGGACGGAAUGUCAAUUGGUUUCAAUAAUUUAGCGGUAGCGGUAGUAGGGAUUUGUACUGUGUACACUUGUGAAGUUAGCGAAUGAAUCGGUAGAGAUUACGGCAAGGUACGGUAUUAUGGCAAGACAAAUAAUUAGGCAAUGUUUGAAUAUAUUCGCUCUAAUUUCUAUUACUGUGCGCGCUAGACUGACAUUUCUAUAUAAAACAACGAAAAGUUUUAAAUUAACGUUCCAUAUAUUUUCCCAGUAUACUUACUAGGUACCAAAUAAUUAUUGAUAGUAGAAGAUAUUAACCCCUUGGCGCCCAGUGACAUCAUGAUGAUGUCAGUAUUGAUUCUUAUUUCCUUUCGUAAUAAGGUAUAGUAUAUGUAUGUCUGGGUUCUGACGGGUUUAAUGUAAAGUCUUAGAAAAAAUGGUGCCUUCAGGUUUGGUCGCUAACUUAGAAGGCUGAACAGCGCCAUAUUUUUGAGAUAAUUGGAUUGUCAAAUGUCAGCUUUUGCCGUCAUCAACUUCAGCAGUCAAAACCUAUGCAAGAUUUUUCCCUACAUUUUACGUCUCUUUUACAAUUGAUAACUGUUUGCUGUUUGCAAUCAUAGUUAAAAGAACAGUAGUCAUACAAAGUUGAAAAAUACAAAGUGGUUCAGUUUAGAACUAAAUAUGAUCCUAAGUGUUAUAAGGCUAGGCUUGAACUUUCAGUGCGGAUGACGUAAAAGUGACGUGGUUCUGCACACGGGCUGAUGUAGUAAAUAAAAUAAGUAUAUACGAAACAUGUUGCUGGAAACGGAAAACUAUAACAUUAUUCAUAAACUUUUUAAGUUUUUAUACUGUAGUAAAAAUAAAUAUCACAUAUAAUUGUGAAAAUACAACAACUAAACAAGCACAACCUCAAUUUAUUGUUUAUCUGAAUGACAAUGUCAGUCAAAGACGUUAAGUACUGUUUACUUCAAGUGGCGAAUACGUUUAUAGUAAGGGGCGAUUGUUUACCACAAGACUAUUUCAAAUCAGCUAUGUGUCAUAUGACGUCAUCGACACUAAAAGUUCGAGCCAGGCAGCUGUAUCACGGUCGCAUUUUUAUUACUUGUCACUAUGCCUGCGUGACAGGCAUAGUGACAAGUGAUAAACAUGCGACCGUACUACAGCCGCUGGUAAUAACAUAACAUAAUGAAAGCGAAGUAAACAGCCGCCUAGAGAAUCAUCUACUUAUUAGACAAAACGGAUCCAUGAUUUUAUUUUACAACCGUGUGCUUCUUCCAUAGUUAAGUAUUUCGUCUAUGAUACGAUAUGUAUUAAAUUUACUAGUUAACCCUUUUCUAGGCGUAGUACUCGUAUUAUUUUCAACCUUAGCAAUCCGAUUUAAGGUUCAAAAUAGAUUGGACUUUCGGGAAAUGUGACUUGUCUUCAAAUGAAUCAUCAAAGCUGGAUAAAUUGGAAUAUAUUAGGAUUCAUUUGAGAAAACUUUGUAGAUUGGUAAGGCCUGGAAAAGGGUUAAAAUAUAUGCCUGUUUGCAAUAUACACGAAUUUAUACUUGAACCAUAGGUAUUCGAAAGUGUGAUGAUCCCUGUGACACAAUUUGCCAUUGCUGAGGGUUUGGAAAUAGUCCACCUUUUGGUACUUUUUAUUUUAUACAAAGGUAGGCUGCAUGCCCAUUUAAAGGAUUUACAUUUAUAAUAGGUAGGUGUCAUAAUAAUAGAGACUUACUAAUUAGGACACCUAACAUUAAUUUAUUUUCUAUUAAAGGAAACAUGCUGUCAUUGCAAUGUAUGUGUAUAAUCUGUUGUGACAGAGAUGGCACUUCCUAUGACUACCUGGCCCUGGUCUUCCGAAGUGGUAUGGGGAUCAUCUAGUUGUGUUUCGAACACAUUUACUUAAGUAAUUACUUACAUUUAUUAGUUGUGUAUUGCUUAAACUUUAAAAAUUCAAUCAAUUAGUAGCAAGCAGUGUUGGGCAAAAAGUAGUUGGAUUACUGAUUAACGAUUAUGAUUACAAAAUGUAGUUGUAACUACAAAUUACAAUUACUAGGAAAAAGUAGUUGAGCCUUUGAUUAACGAUUACUAACUACAUUUUGUAGUUAGUAAUCGAAUUAAUAACUACAUUUUGUAAUUGUUAUCUGUAAUAAAUUACUGCGAUUACAAAUUACUUUUACUCAACAAAAUGUUUUCGAUCAUCUUUGUUUCCCAAAUCAGGUAUAAAAUAUGAACGAGUUUUAAGUUGAUCUUCAAGUUCAUAUUAAGUUUGACUUUUCAUAUAAAAAAGGAAUGUUAGUUUUAUAAGAUUUUGUAUAAAGGAACUUAUUAAAAAAUAUGAACAUUUUAGGGCAAAAACUCGUUUUUGUCAGGUGGUCUGUUCCAUGAAGCGGCACCCGAGAUUUUUUUCAAAUUUAUAUGGCAUGAGGUUAAGUUAAUGCAGGAAAAAAAAAAUGAUACUGCCGGCAGUAACAGCUAAAACUAAGAGCGAUAUUUGAUAGUUAAUAUUUUCCUGAUUGCUAUAUCAAUAUUAGUCAAGUAAUAAAUAAUAUGUGAUACUCUUAAUUUGAUAGCUUUAUGCUUUCAAACACAGAGAAUAAUAAUCAGAUGUAGCAAAUGUUCUUACUUCACGUGUCAUUUUUUUGUGUUUAAGACGCCGCGGCCCAAUGUCAUGUUGACCGUUCAUAUUGCCCAUAUUCCUUAUCUCUACAACUUGAACCCUAUUGCUAAGACUAGAAGGCAGCUAUUUGUGCAGAUUAUCCUGUUGCAUCUUUUGUUUCAUUGUGUACUGAUAACGAUUGCUUGAAUUUAACAAACAACAAAACACCAUUGUUCAGAUAAGCUCAUGAAGUACUAUUCCGAUAUCCUAGACAAAAUUCUCAGUUUACCCGUUUUUGUAUGGUGGGCCGCAGGUGGUUAUUACUUUUGUUUACUGAGGGAGUACUAAAGUACUAAAUUUGCUCAUCUUUGCCUAUCAAGAAGUAAUUGUGUAAUUAUGAUUAUAAAUUAAUGUUAUUUCGAUUACAAAUUACAAAGUAAUCUCAAUUGCAAGUAGUUAUAACUACAUGUAAUCAACUAUAAAUAAUUCGUAAUCGAAUCUGUAGUUAAAAUUACACAAGUAGUUGAUUACGCCCAACACUGGUAGCAAGCAUUCAUUGCCGCUAAAAUAAUUAUAUUUGGUGCAUUCGGUGCUUAAAUAUCUCACCAUAUAUUUAAUUUUCUUAUUAUUUAAUAUGUGGCCUUUAUCGUGUAUUUUGAAUGAGUAGAUAUUCUGAAAAAGUUUCAUGUAAUCAUUACAUUACACUGUAAUGUAAUGCAAACUGUAGGGACGAGUAUCCAAGAGUUUCUAAAAGUGUACCAUAAGGAACGAUUAUAGUGUGCGUUACAUGUAAACGUGUUCCCUAUAGGUUUUUUAAGGUACAUCUUUGGUCACCCAGGCUUUCAUAAUUCAUUGCAGAUUAGUUUAAUGAACCCAUGCACUACACAAGUACACAUUACAUUUAUAGUAUGUAUAGCUAGGUUUAGCUGGGUGCUCUAUGUGUUUACACAUGUGAUAAAACUAUAUGUUAGCUAUAAUGUCACCUUAAACAUAUCCAAGUGCAUCUUUCGAUAUAAAUAAAUUAAACAAUACAUAUUUUCAAAUGGCAGGAAGUCGUAGAAGACAAACGAACUUAAGUAAUACUAAUAAAUACAUUUAUAUACUGACAAUGUGAGCUCUCUAUGUAGUGUUAUUCAUACUGAAGGAAAGGGCAACGCGCGUCCAGAAAGGUUGGUUCGUCGAACCACUACAGUGACCCUGGAUAUAUUGAGUUAAGGUAAUUUUUGGAUACUGUAAAAUGUACCUAUUUUGCUCCCCACAGAGUAAUUGUACUCCAAGAGUUUUAAUAUAUGUUUUAACAAAUCCCAUAUCCCAUGAUAUACCUGGUACUUAUAAAUAGUUAUUUGGUUUGCAAGCGGGCAAAGUUGUUGUUUAACCGCUCGUGCUAAUAUUGAUACCCGAGCAAGCGAGAGACUUAAAAAUUGAACCGUGAGCGUAGCGAGUGGCAUUUUGAGCGUUGCGAGGGUUUCAAGGCAUGAGGGUUAAACAAAUUUUGCCACCGAGUGAAACACAAAAAUUUUCACCACACCAACGCAACGAAAAUAUUAACUGUAAAAUAUCAAAUAAAAUCAAACCAAAUCAAAUCCAAGUGAACGUUAUUAAACAUUUAUCAUUCAAGAUCAUCAUUUAAAAGUCAAUUCUGGCAGCCAACACAAGGAAACAACUCAAAAUUAGUAUUAGAUUACUUUGCCCCAAAUGUGGACAAAAUGCAAUUUACUCAUCAGUUUUUCAAUAAUCAAGAAAACCUAUACCAGCUGGUACGAGUAGGCUGAAAACAUAAUUUUAAAGAGUGUAGCCGUGUUUUCAUGGAAAAGCGGCGACUUGCGUUUAAAUUAUCUGGUAUGGGUGUAGGUAUCUUUUCUUUUAUUUUUCUAUUUUCUAGUAUGAAGUACCAACUGGGUUAUUUUGAAAAAUAUAUAUAUAUUGUAGACCUUUAUAAGCAAUAACGUAACGAAGAACUGUUGGUGUCGCUCUUCUAGCAAGAAAAAAAUACUGAAGUUUUAAUUCCUACAUUUAUUAAAGAUUUUUUAAAGAAAAAUAUAAUAUUAUUUAAAGAAUAUAUGAGUAUCUAUAUAGAGAUUACCGUACCAAAAGUUUACGUAAAUCGCAUUAGCCAGUGUGGGAUUUUUUAUUUAUUUAUAAAAGGUAAAAAAAAAAACAUAGCUCAGAGAAUAACAGAGAUAGGAAGCUAAGCUAAAAAAAAUACUGUAAGCAUUUCGUGGAAGAGCCGCUUUACCAAGAAAACACGGCUACGCACUUUCAAAUUUUGGAGCAAAUAAGUCACAUUUUACGGUAUCUGUAAAAAAUUCAAUGUUUUCGUUUGGUUCGGUCAAUCGACUACCCGAUGUGACUCCCUUUCGAUCUUGUACCACAAUGACAAAUAGGUUGGACAACUUGGGCUAAUAUGUAAAUAUACAAGGUGUAUAAUCGGUAUCGUGUUAUGAUUAGGAAAAGUAAAAGAAAACAUUUUUUGAGCCGAAAAAUGUUUCAUGUUUGUAUACAAACACAAUUUAUAAAUAAAUAAAUAAUUAAAUAUUAUAGGACAUUAUUACUCAAAUUGACUAAGUCCCACAGUAAGCUUAAUAAGGCUUGUGUUGAGGGUACUUAGACAACGAUAUAUAUAAUAUAUAAAUAUUUAUAAAUACUUAAAUACAUAGAAAACACCCAUGACUCAGGAACGAAUAUCCAUGCUCAUCACACGAAUAAAUGCCCUUACCAGGAUUUGAACCCGGGACCAUCGGCUUCAUAUGCAGGGUCACUACCCACUAGGCCAGAUCGGUCGGUUGUAUGGAGGUUUGGCCGACUUGGAUGAUAGGAAAAACUAAAUUAUUUUCGCGUACAUUUUUUUGGAUUUCCUAAUUUACCGUCUAUAUCACAUUGGUUGUAUGUGAUAGAUAAGGUUGACAAUAAAUAUCAAUAUGAACAAACGUUUAUCCCGGCGGGUCUAAAUAUCAUAAGUCGUGAUCAGUAACGUUUUAAUUUCAUGGCAGCGUGGUCGAGUAAAAGUAAAAGGAAAUGACAAUAUUGAAGCAGCCGGUCCAGUAUUAUAAAGAUUUUUUUAAUUAAUAUACUUUGGUGUCCCACUGGUAGGCAAAGGCCUCCCGUCGUCUUCUCCACACGACCCUGUAAUCGGUAUUUUCCCACCAUUUGGGGUAGAAUGCAUCAAAGUGGUCCCGCCAUUUCCUUUUCGGUCUGCCUGCAGUUCGUCUAUAGUGUUCCGUGGGUCCCAAUCAUAACCAUUUUGGCCCACCUUUCCGGGUCAUGCGGUAAACAUGUCCAGCCCAGUCCCACUCAAACCUAGCGGUCUUGACGCCUACAUCUACCUUCAACUUUAGUUCCAGAGCGUAGUUCCGUGUUUCUGAUUCGAUCAGUUCUACGAUCACCUAAUUACCUACGCGUAAUGCUCCAUCGCUCGCUGGCAAACUUUGAUAAUUAAAUCUGUACCCCUAGUGUAAAUAAAUUCGAUUUCGAAACGUGACGUACGCGUUUGCGUUUAGUCUCAUUUUGUAUGUGAUUUAGAAAGAGCGCGCCAAGCGGGACGUUUUGGAAACUCAAAAUCCUAUACAAAAUGACACUUAACGCAAACGCGUUCGUCACGUUAUGAUGUCGAUAAAACUUACACUAGGGGUACUGUUCGCUAUCGUAACUUUUUUUUUUCCAUGCGGGUAUACCUGAGGUAGAACAUAUUUAACAUGUUAUGUAUGCCAAAGUACACUCGCUCACAUAAAACUGUUUGUAGCAAUUUUUAGUUAAUAUUUUAGUCUGCGUCUAGUAAAGUAAAACGCAAUCUGACGGAUGCAUUUUCUAUACUUAUAGACCCGUAGUUACCUUUGCGUCAUUUCCCAGGGAUCGUUAGAUUGUCUACAUCUCUGUGUCUCAAUCAUUUCGUCUUCGUAACUAUGUAAGUUACACCCGGAUAAGACCGUACUAUUUUUCUGCGAGUUGGACGCAGGACGUCACAAAAAAAUAUUACUUAAUUCUCACUAACUUUUACCUCCGAAUGCUUAACGAAAGUGAUAAAGAAAGCAAGAUUUUAUUAUUAAUUUAGGAGCCAUCUACACUCAACGUUUAAUUACUUUUUUUCAAGGCACCAAACCGAAAAACCUGCUUCGACUAAGAUCGGACUAAUAGCUAAUUCCAACUCUAAGGCAAACAUUAAAUAUAUUUUUUUACUUUUUUAAACGUUCCUAACAUUAUGACUGACACGACUAAGCGGAUACUACCAAAUUGUAUUUGCCAGUUAUGUAAAAUAACUGUCUUCUAUUUUGGUAUGCCUUAUUCAGUUAGGGCACUCUUGACGGUGAUAUUCGUCACAGAAAAUAUCAAGGUAUAUAUUUUCGUUUUUUUUUUAAAUGCCAUAUAAGGAACUUGGUACAUUACAGCUACGUACGUAAUUUACAUUACUGCUUAUAGGUAUUAAUUAUUCCGGUUUAUAAUUAUUUUUAAUAAAUAGAACACUCAAAUUUCUGUACAAUUUAAGAACCUACAUAAAUGUGACUAUGUUUACGUGCCUUCAAUAAACUAGGUUCAAAAUUAUAUAAUCUAAAAUAUUCAUUUUUGAGACGCAAUCGAGAUGAAAAUGGCUACCAUUAUAAACGAAGAAAGGAAGCACGAUGUACUAUUUUCGUUGGGGGUUUAUUAACGAGGGGGGUAAGUGAAAUUUUGGAUACGAGGGCGUUAAUUCCCCGAAUUAAAGACCCGAGUUUGCAAUAUUCUUACCCCCGGAAUUACACACAGUGUUUUUCAUCACACUUGCGAAGAAAAAACUAAAUUUUAAGUGAAGUAAUUCUUAAAUACGCUGACAUAUCAAACACGCGUCCGCCAUUUUGUAAUUUAUUGACAGGUAGGAAUCGAAGGCACAGACCCAUUCGCCAUUCAGCCACGAUUGAAAAUUAUGUAAAAAUAUUUUAAACUGCUGGUAAAUUAAUAAAAUUACACAAAUUAAAAAAUAUUAAAUUAUAAACGUCAGUAUUUUAAAAGACAACUCAUUUAUGCUACUUGGUUUGUAUGAAUAAGUAACAUAAUUUAAAAAAAGCUAUAACUCCCUAGGGAGUUAUAGCUUUUUACGCUGCUUGGUUUGUAUGAAUAAGUGACAUAAUUAAAAAAAAGCUGUAAUUCUCUA